CCAGACUUCCCGCCCGCGUCCCCCGGCCUCCGGCGCUCGGGCCAGCUUCCUAUCGAUGGGAAACCGAGGCCAGGGAUAGCGGCGCCCCGAGCCGGGUUCCUGUGCGCGAGGCGAGGCCAGGUUACCAGCCCGCACCGCACAGUAGGACGAGUAGUUGUGGGUCAUCACACUGCCCUCAGGGCGACCGGGGGACGGGAGUGCUAAGUCCCCCGCCACGGACUGCAUCAAGCCCAUGAAGGUGGACAAGAGGUCGGGAAGCGGCGUGGCCAAGAUCCACAUCGAGGAUGACGGGAGUUAUUUCCAGGUCACUCCGGAUGGAGGGACUCGGAAGCUGGAAAAGGCCAAGAUCUCGCUGGAUGACUGCCUGGCAUGCAGUGGCUGUGUCACCUCGGCGGAGACCGUGCUCAUCACUCAGCAAAGCCACGAGGAGCUGCGGAAGGUUCUAGAUGCCAAUAAGAUGGCGGCCCCCGGCCAGCAGAGGCUGGUUGUCGUUUCCGUCUCGCCCCAGUCCAGGGCGUCGCUGGCUGCGCACUUCGAGCUGAACCCUGCAGACACCGCCAGAAAGCUGACUGCAUUCUUUAAGAAAAUCGGGGUGCACCGCGUGUUCGAUACCUCCUUCUCGAGGAACUUCAGUCUCCUUGAGAGCCAGCGGGAGUUUGUGCAGCGGUUCCGAGGACAGGCCGACUCUGCGCAGGCCCUGCCUGUGCUCACGUCCGUCUGCCCAGGUGCGUUCACGCUGCCGGCGAGGGUCAGGGGAAUGCUGGGUGGGCCCCCUCGAGGCCAGGACGGCCGCUCCGGCGGAAGGAGCUGGCCUGAGAGCUACCCAGGGUCACCGAGUUCCCCAAAACAGGGAUGUCAGACGCUGGACAGCAGAGUAGGGACAUUCUCUAACGGGACCAGAACCCCCCCGAACGCCCCAGAGUGGCAGGCCCCGCCCCGCCCAGCCGCCCCCCGUGUCGCCGCAGGCUGGGUCUGCUACGCCGAGAAGACCCACGGGAGCUUCCUCGUGCCCCACCUCAGCAGCGCGCGCUCCCCGCAGCAGGUCAUGGGCUCCCUGGUCAAGGACUUCUUCGCCCAGCAGCAGCAUUUGACACCCGACAGGAUCUACCACGUGACGGUGAUGCCCUGCUAUGACAAAAAGCUAGAAGCUUCCAGACCAGACUUUUUCAGCCAGGAGUACCAGACUCGUGACGUGGACUGCGUCAUCACCACAGGGGAAGUCUUGAAGCUGCUGGAAGAAGAAGGGGUCUCGCUCUCAGACCUGGAGCCAGCCCCCCUGGACAGCCUGUGCAGCAGUGUGUCUGCCCAGGAGCCCAGCAGCCAUCGGGGCGGGGGCUCAGGGGGCUACCUGGAGCACGUGUUCCAGCACGCAGCCCGCGAGCUCUUUGGAAUCCACGUGGACAAGGUCACCUACAGACCGCUGAGGAACAAGGACUUCCAGGAGGUGACCCUGGAGAAGGAGGGCCGCGUGGUGCUGCACUUCGCUGCGGCCUACGGCUUCCGCAACAUCCAGAACCUGGUGCAGAAGAUCAAGCGAGGGCGCUGCCCGUACCAUUACGUGGAGGUCAUGGCCUGCCCCACAGGCUGCUUGAAUGGCGGAGGCCAGCUCAAGGACCCCAGCACGCCCCGCAAGGAGCUCCUCCAGCGCGUGGAGACACUGUACAGCUCGGUCAGGACGCAGGCGCCGGAGGACGCGCCUGGCGUCCGGGAACUAUACAGGGCCUGGCUGCAGGGCGAGGGCUCGGAGCGCGCUGGCCGCCUGCUGCACACGAGCUACCACGCAGUGGAGAAGGCCAGCUCCGGCCUUGGCAUCAGGUGGUAGGAUGCCCAGCCGGGCCCGCCACAGCCCACACCAGGGUACGUGGGAAGGUCAUGUCCGGAGACUCCAGGGACCACCCCCAAACACGGACCUGAGCUGCAGGGAUGUGUGGAAUCCACACAGAAACGGGCCUCAGAUCCCACAGCCGGUACAGGUGACCUGCGUUCGCCCUGAGUGCCCACUGCAGGAGGUCAGACGGUCCGCAAGGUCCCAGAACCUCCCCACGGGCCCAGGUCGGCGAGCAGGGUCCUUGCCACUCCUGCCUUGUGGCCCAAGAGUGUGAGGGUUUCAGCCGGUCCAUGGGCGGUGGAAGGCCAAGCUCAAGUGGGAGUCCUCAUCCCAUUUCUGGGGUCAGCCCUGAAGCCAGGCCACGAAGGACAGUGAGGGGCUGCACCUGCCAGGCUGGGCACACGGCCUGCACGGCGGAGAGUGCUGGCGGGAGGGUGCCCAGCCCAUGACACCCCCUGCUGGAGCACAGUACCCACCCUGCCAGGCUGGGCACUGAGGAUGCCAGGCGUGGCCCUUGAGACGCGAGAGUGUGCGUCCUCUGGGCGGUGUUCCAGGCGGGAAGCAGACUUUGAGAGAGAACCCUGAGAUCAGGCACGAAGUCCCUUCUCCACGGCUGGGUCCCCACCCCUGGAAGAGGGGACAGAUCAGGCUGAGCCCCCCAGGCCUGUCCUCAUCGAGCCCCAAAUCCAAUAAAUGGAUCUCUCUCCAGA